AUGGGGCAGGCGCUGUGCGUCUGCUCCCGCGGCACCGUCAGCCUGGGGGGCGUGCGGUACCUCCUGCUCCACCGCCUGGCAGAGGGGGGCUUCAGCUAUGUGGACUUGGUGGAGGGGCUGCGGGAUGGGCGCUUCUACGCCCUGAAGCGCAUCCUGUGCCACGACAAGGAGGACCGCCAGGCAGCCCUGCACGAGGUGGAGAUGCACAGCCUCUUCGACCACCCCAACAUCCUGCGUCUGGAGGCCCACUGCAUGGUGGAGAAGGGUGCCAAGCACGAAGCCUGGCUCCUCCUGCCCUACGUGAAGGGGGGGACCCUCUGGAGCGAGGUGGAAGCACUGCGAGAGAAAGGGACCUUCAUGCCAGAGCAGCGGAUCCUCCUCAUCCUCCAUGGCAUCUGCUGCGGGCUGCAAGCCAUCCACAGCAAGGGCUAUGCGCACAGGGACCUCAAGCCCACCAACGUGCUGCUGGAUGAGGAUGACCGGCCCGUGCUGAUGGACCUGGGCUCCAUGAACCAAGCUCGCAUUGAAGUCAACAGCUCUCGGCAGGCCAUGGCCGUGCAGGACUGGGCUGCGCAGCGCUGCACCAUCUCCUAUCGUGCCCCCGAGCUCUUCACGGUGCCAAGCCAGUGCAUCAUAGACGAGUGCACAGAUAUCUGGUCCCUAGGCUGCGUGCUGUACUGCAUGAUGUUUGGGGAGGGCCCCUACGACACCAUCUUCCAGAAGGGUGACAGCGUGGCUCUGGCAGUGCAGAACCCCAUCGCCAUGCCCCCCACGACCAGGUACUCGGCUGCCUUGCAGCGCCUGCUCUCCUCCAUGAUGACGCUGAACCCCCAGGAGCGACCCAGCAUAAAUGACAUCCUCCACCAGCUGGAGGGGCUGCAGCCAGCGCCGGCGGGCCAGGACACCACGCAGAUCUGAGCCCGUCCCACCCUGUGAUGGCAAUGCACCCUGAGGAUGAGCCAGCAGAAAAGUGGCUGCCCUCGUCCCUGCUCCCCUGUGGGGCCGUUGCAGGGAGGAUUGCUGCACCUGGGGGAGAGCUGCUGCUCUGUGCUGGAGAUGUGUUGGAUUUGGAGUGUUCCGUGCCCGGGAUGCUGCUGCCUGGGACUUGGUCUGUGUCCCAGAACUGUGGACAUGUGACCUGCUGCUAAACACUCUGUAGCCGCUGCCUCCCCCGGGGGUUGCAGAGGAGGAUGCUGUGGGACGCCCUGGGUGACAGCAGCUGUGGCCCCGCAGCUCUGCGCCCCGGGAGGGUCACUCCUGCCUGGGGCAGAGCU